GUUUUAAUUGUGGAUGAUGGUGCAGAUCUUCGAGUACAAUGGGAGUGCCCUAGUAGCCAUGGUAGGAAAGAACUGCUUCGCCAUUGCCAGUGAUCGGAGACUCGGAGUUCAACUCCAAACUAUCGCCAUUGACUUCCAGAGGAUUUCUAAAAUCCAUGAUCAGCUCUUUCUCGGUCUCUCUGGCCUCGCCACAAAUGCUCAAACCUUGUACCAAAGGCUUGUCUUUCGGCACAAGUUGUAUCAGCUAAGAGGAGAAAGGGACAUGAAACCUGAGACUUUUGUUAACCUUGUUUCAGCUAUUCUUUACAAGAAAAGGUUUGUUUAAAUCCCCCCAUCACAC